AUGGAUCAGUCUAGAGACGAGAACGACACUCAUAGAAUACAAGAAGCGGACAGCAGCAAUAAUCAUGAUGGAAGCGAGGAUGAAACACAAGAGCUUAAAUCAAACUCAAAAUACGAUAAGAGACUAGUAAUCAAACUAGCGAUAUUAUCACUUGCAUCAUUUCCUCCUGAAGCUUUCUAUACAUUUUAUAGCGUCUUUGCUGUACCGUUGCAAUUAAAACUAGGAAUACCUAUCGGACUGACACUAAUUCCUAUGAUUAUUGCAAGUGUUAUCGGAUUAUUUUUAACUCCAAUUAUCGGUAAUUUAUCUGAUCAAUGUACUUCUCGGAUUGGAAGACGACGGCCAUUUAUCAUAGUUUUAUUUAUUAUAAAUUUAAUAUCUGCUGCGAUGAUAUCCUAUAGUCGAAUAAUCGGUGAUAAGCUAUGGCCGCAUCAUUUACUAAUAGGACGUAUUUUACUCAUCAUUGGAUUGAUUAUAGACAUGAUAUGCUGCUGUAUGCUAUUAUCGCCUGCUAGAGCUUUCGUAAUGGAUGCUGCUCCGAUUGAUAUACAAGAUCAAUUGGAAAAAAAAACGCCAUUAGCUAAAGUUUUCGGAGGACAAGUCGAAGUAGUUUUCAUUUUAAUAGCUGCAAUAUGUAUCAUAGUGAUGCUAAUUGCCACGGUAAGCUAUGCAGAAGUUCCAUAUGUCAUCGUUGAUUCUACUGAAGCAUUAACCCAUAAAUCAUCAAGUAGAAAAAAUAGCGACGAUUUAAAAAUUUCUACUAUGGAUAGUGAGGAUUCUAAUCCUGUCCAGUUAAUGGUUAUACAACACGAUCAGACGGAAGUAACAAAUGAUUCAACAGAAGAUAAACCACAAGUAAUCACAGCAGAAGAAAUAAGUAGUUGGAAUCAUUUCUAUCAGACUUAUUAUUUUGCUAAAACUAUGCCAAAGGAGUUAGUCAUCUUGUGGAUGGGAGUUUUCUUAAGCUGUACGGCGUACAUCGCAUUCACCAGCUUCUUAACUGAUUUUCUUGGCCAAUCAGUUUAUCAUGGUAAUCCUCUAGCAGCGAAAAAUUCGACAGCUUUAUAUCGCUAUAACCAUGGUGUCUCUAUUGGAAGCUGGGGCUUACUGGGCUGUACUGCUUUUUCCAUUGUAUAUUCAUUGGCGCUCGGGCAAAUAACAAAAUAUGUUGGUAAUUUCAAAUCUUGA